AUGCCUUUUAAAUUGAAGUUAAAGAAGACGCGGCAGUACAAUGUAGCUUCAAAGAGCCUGUUCGUGAUCAGCGUUGAGUUGCUGGACGGUGGUGUGGCAGAUUGCACUCUCUCCGUCGACAGCACUGCACAGGAAUGCCUCGAUAACGUUUGCCAGCGGCAAGCGAUAAACCAACCCGAAUUUUUCGGGCUAAGAUACCUUAAUCGCAGUCAGCAACCGCGAUGGGCUCAAUUGGAACGCCCGCUGAAACGUCAACUGGACAAAUACGCCUCCUCGCACCAGUUGUAUCUACGCGUAAUGUAUUAUGUCAUUUCUGGUACCAGUCUCAUCACGGACGAAGUCACGCGAUACCAUUACUUUCUCCAGCUAAAGAAUGAUUUGAUUGAAGGCCGUAUAAUUUGUGAUUGUCAACAAGCGGUUGUUUUGGCGUCGUACAGCCGCCAAGCCGAGUAUGGGAAUCAUGACCGGGAGAGGCACACGGUGGAGUAUUUGAAGAAUCUCUUAACAUUCCCCAAACAAAUGCUGGAUGGUGGACAGAUUAUUGACGGCAGUACUUUAGCGGAAACUGGUCGCUUAGAAUGGCUGACAGCUGCUGUUAUUCAACAUCACAUGUCCCUGCAUAACAUGUCACAGGCUCAAGCAGAGGAGGGCUUCAUCACGGCGUGCCAACAGCUGCGCGGCUACGGGCAGGAGAUGUUCGGCGCGCGCGACCAGCUCGACCAGAGCGAGGUCACUAUCGCCGUCUCGCUCACCGGCAUCCGUGUGCUAACCGAGACCAGCGAUACGCCGCACUUCUACAGAUGGAUGGACAUAACGAACGUGAUCAACCACAAGCGCACGUUCAGCGUCGAGUGCCAGCGGCCCCUCGGCUCGGCUGCCUUCGUGCUGCCCAGCCCAGAGGACGGCAAGUACGUGUGGCGGAUGUGCGUGCAGCAGCACACGUUCUACAUGCGCCACAGGGCCGCGCUGAGCGCCGCGCCCGACGAGCCCCGCCCCAACUUCCAGGAGCACGGUUUGUCGGAGAGCCGGGAGGAGUUGGAUGUGCGGGACACCGUGAGCGCCUCUCGAUUGGAGCCCCUGACUGCCGCCCACCGAGCCCACUCUACUUCCUGCCUCGAGCUGGCUGACCACCCGCCGCAGCCUCUACCUAGAAACAGAGCCCUUCUGCCGUCCUACCGGCCGGCGCCCGACUACGAAACGGCGAUCCAGCAGAAGUACCAGCAGCAGAGGGCGGAGGCGCAAAUCCGCUACCAGAACCACCACGCGCACUCCCAACUCCUGAGCGGCAGCGCCAAGCCCCUGGUCUACGGCUCGCACCCGGACAUCCACAGGGUGCACUACCCGGACGUGACCCGGCACACGGUCUCCGUCAACCAGGUGGCCGCGGACGACUACGGCUACGGGCUCAAGUUCAUGGGCAACUACCCCUUCGCCGUCAACCCCAACGUGCCGGAGCGCGCGCUGCACUACGUGAACGUGUACAAGCCCCCGCCCCCGUACCCCUCCAACGGGCUGGCCUCCAACUCGACGCCGGACCUGGCCGCCGCCAGCCAGGCGCUCAACUACCACAGGGGCUACAUCAACGCCCACGUGUCCGGCUCCAGCCCCGACCUGGUCUCCACGCGCACCGCCCUCGGCAGGCAGUACGUGGGCUACAUGAACCAGGGCCACGUGGGCUACGCCCGCCCCGCCCCGCACCCCGCCCACGGCACCUACAACAACCUCGCCUCGGUGCUCGACCCCACCCCGCGAAUAAUCAUCGACCCGCACGCGUCCGACGUGCAGAAGGUGUACGACGAGCGGGGCAACGUGAUGUACUCGAUGCCCGCGCGCCGGAUAUCCUACCAGAGGCACCUGGUGCUGCCCCAGGCGCAGGUGGUGGCGGACGCGCAGGAGCCCAUUUACGAGAACGUCCCGCUGCCCUGGCAGAGCGAGGGGAGGGGCCGCGCCCAGAGCCUCACCGCCGCCGACGAGCUGAGCGCGCGCAACGCCAACUUCCCCACCGCCUACCACCAGCCGAGGGCCGAGCCGGACAGUCACUACGUGAACGCGCAGGUCAUCAAGGGGGUGCGCGAGACCAGCGUGCCCAAGGCACCUCAACGGCUCCAACAGGAGGCGGACGAGACCCCGUACCAGAGCCUCUCCACCCACAAACUGUCGAACCACAACGUAACGAGCAAGUCCACGGACAACGUGACCUGUAUCAACGUUCCCGAUGGGAAGUACGCGCAGAGCGUCCAGAACCUUUCGCAGGGCAGCCUAGCCGACAGCGCGCUGUCCAGCUCCAACGCGAACUCGACCUACACCAGCGUGGAGAUGGAGAACUCGAAGAACAGCGUGAGCAGCAAAGAGAAGAAGAGGAGACGGUGGGGCGUGUUCAUGGGCAGGGGCAACAAGAACGUGGAAGUGAAGAGCGCUACCCUAGGCAGGGAUAGGGCGAAGGCCGGGGCCGUUCAGCCCGCUAACAAGCACCGAUGGUCUACCGGCCUCCCGAAGUUCCAACCCCUGCCGCCCAGCAUAACCAAAGAAACAUUGUGCCAACUCCUCGAGCGCAAGAUGUCGGACGAGCAGCUGGCGUUCGCGUUCGAGCGCAUCCCGAAGGGGCGCGAGAGCGGCGGCGAGGUGCGCACCGCGCUGCUGCCGCAGUACGCGCCGCUCAACGACUUCGCCGGCGACAGCCUGCCCUACGAGGACAACCGCGUGCGCCUGCGCCCCACGCCCGCCAACCCGCACGGCUACGUCAACGCCUCGCACGUCACGGUGAGCGGCGACCGGGUGAAUGGACGAGCGGAUGAG